GGAUCCCUGCGCGUGCGUUCAGAGAAGGGGCACGACCUGCAUGGCGAGAAUUCCCAGGUGCACACAGCCAUCCGCCUGUCUCCAGCUGAAAAGCAAGCAGAGGCAUCGCAAGGCACCCACCAGCGUCCAGAUUUCCUGCCUCCUAGUGGAGGUGACCGCCAGGAAGAGGGGGCAGAAGAAGCAGGCCCCUUGGCGCGUCCUCCCGCCGUGGGGGAGGAUGCCUGUGCUAAAGACCAACAGCCAGCUUGGUCGCCUCCAGCAAGACUCUUUGCAGCCGUGCCCAAAGCUCAGCACCAAGAGGCCGGGGACACCCGCCCAGAGACCCCGGCUACUUCCCAGGAGAGCACUGCCUUCACAGAGAAUGCAGAGGGCCCAGGCGAGGGCGCCUUGGAAGGGAUGGCAGCAUCCUCCACCUGCUCUACCCGGAGCCUGCAUCGCUCCCUCGGUUUCGCCCACAGGAAAAGGAAGCUCCAGGCGCCAGACCCCAAGAAAGGACUGCAGGGGCGCCCACGCCGUGUGCGCUCCCAGGCGAUGAGGGCCGCCAGGGCCAGCACCAUAAGGGCUGGCGAUCGACCAGCGCGAGGAGCCGCAGCAGGGCCUUCGGCACGCGAGCCCUGCCCUAUCAAAAGAGGGACGAUGGUCUGGUUCAAGUUUCAGGAUCAUCCGUUUUGGCCGGCAGUGGUCAAGAGCGUGUGCAAAACCCAGAAGACGGCCCGGGUGCUGUUGAUUGAGGCGAACCUGCGCGGGGAACGCAGCGGCAUUCGGGUCCCUCUGCACAGGCUGAAGCACCUGGAUUGUGAGGAGAAGGAGAAACUCCUGAAGAGAGCCAGCAAGGCGUACCGGCAGAGUGUGAACUGGUGCUUGUCGCUCAUUGCCCACUACCGAGAGCGGGUGGGUCGGGGCUCUUUCGUGGGCUCCUUCCUGGACUACUACGCGGCCGACGCCAGCUACCCCAUGCGCAAAGCCAUCCAAGACGGGGACCUGGACGUCAGUUUUCCAAAGGUGAAUUAUGCAGACCUGGAAGAUUCCGAGGAGGAGACCUCGGUGGGCGCGGGCGGCAAGAGGACCUGCAAGAAGCUGCUCCCCGACCGCAUGAGGGCCGCUCGGGACCGAGCCAACCAGAAGCUGGUGGACUUCAUCGUGAAGAAGAAGGGGGCCGACCACCAUCUGCUGGACAUCGUGAAGGGCAGGAAGCAGUCCCGGUGGCUGACGUCCUUUCUGAGUGAAAGCCGGUACGUGUUCUGCAUCGAGACGUACCUGGAGGACGAGGAUCAGCUGGAUGUCGUCGUCAAGCAUCUGCAGGACAUCUACGAGCAAACGGACAAGGCCUUGCUCACUCUCAUCAGAGGUGACAAAGUGAGAUUUCUUCUGGAAGUCCUGCUGCCAGAAGCGAUCAUUUGUUCAAUCGCUGCGCUGGACGGACUCGACUACAAGGGAGCAGAAGAGAAGUACCUGCGAGGGCCACCUGUGCAUCCACGGGAGAAGGAACUGUUCGACAAGGACAUCUUGAAGGAGAUGAGGAAGAGAUCCAGGAGAGGCAGAAAGGUGGUCAGGUCUCUUCCCCAGCCCUGCACCUCCGCAGGGGCCUCCUCCUCUCCCCAACCCAUCAGGCCGCCCCUCUGUGUGAAAGGAGGCGCCUCACCCCCUCCCUAGGCAGUCCCAUAUGCUUGGCACCUUUGGAAGAGACCUUUGGAAGGUGCACUCUUCAUGGUGGAUCCAUCUCUCCCCUUGGUGGAUGCCACCUUCAGCCACAUUUCUUGUCCCCAAACCCCUCACCCGCUAUUUCUCACGACACUCCUGCCCUUCCCACUUGAUAUUUUCAUACAGGACACACACCAGCAAAGGCCCGGCCUUCAGCUACCUAGCAACACUAACCUGGGAAACCUCAUGCGUGUGCUCACACAAACAUCCCCUGGAUUUUUCCUGCGUCCAGGGACAUGUGGAUAUACAUAUGCCUUGGGCUCCUUCUUGACAUCAUCCCCGAACUUUCCCUGCUACACCUAUUUGCUUCUUGAAGUCAAAACCAAUGACAGAGAUGCUUUCUCCUGUGAUAUCAUCACCUUCUGAUACUUCUUCAAAAGCCAUUCUGGAAGUCCAGCCGAGCACAGAGUUGCUGGAUCACCAGCCCACCAUCCUCUGGGCAUGGGUGAAAUCCUGGCACCCAAGGGCCCUUUUGUCCCGUGGGAUCUUGCCCAGGAGCAUCGACUUGGUGCAUUCAUGAAAUUCCGCCUCUGGGAGCAGGGAGUGGCCCUUCUUCACAGGCGGAAGAGCAGCGGCUUCCUGAAGCACACAGGCCACAGGCCCCCUCCCAUCACUGGCAGUGACUGGAUCCUCCUCACAUGGCCAUCCAGUCCCAGGUUGAGCACUUCACAGGCCAGCCACUCCAUGGAGUGGAUGGGAGAGGAGCCCAUCCACAGAGGAUGAGUUACAGGACAGCAAGCAUUUGCUCUGGAUCCCACAGGCCCUCACACAGAGACAUUUGUCUCAAGGUGUACCCCCCGACUUCUUCACGGGCCAGCAGGCUCCCACCGCAGAAACGCAGACUGGGUCAGUCUUUCCAGGCAGCUGGCACAGUGCCAGUACCGGGACUGCCAAGUUGCAAAUGGAAGAUAGAAACAGCCUCUGCUCGGCCCUACCUGGCCAUCGUCCAAAUGUAAUUAAACACACACCCUCAAAUGAUGCGUGCAAAACCCACGGAUUCUCCUACGAACUUGAAGCAAAACGUCUUUCUGAGAAUACACGAGUCCACUUCUCCUCCAGCUGUAAGGCACGCUGCUGACGGCCAGGUCCUGUGCUAAUGGAUGUUUGGCAUUGCUGCAGAGAGAUGGCAUGUGCUGGUGCACAGGUCUCCACCUCCACUGGGGAGCUGAAGAGGGAGGAGUAGAGCCCUGAGACCUGGAAAGCCGAUGAGCACAAGAAUUUGGAGCACCGGGAACCCCCAAGCUGUCACCCUAGAAUCAGCAAUCCCCUAAUCAUUGUGAACUGGGGAGCACCUUUUUUGUCUCUGUAGGCCACAAAGACCGCCUGUAAGGGAGCCACCUCAAAAGACGUUGCUUGUCUUGGGCAGCAUCCAUCCUGUUAACUGUCCUUGCUGCAGGACCGAUGGCAAGGGCAAACUCAGAGUAGGGUCUGGCUACAUCGUCUAGGAUGGACUUGAACUUGCAAGCCUCCUGCCUCGGUUGCCUGAGUUGUGGGAUUACAGUCAUGCAACAUCACUCUGGGCCCUUCCACAAUUAUGAUCACAACCAUACCAACUGGUUUCCCUUUAAAUGCUUCACCACUCAUCUCAAGUUGUUCCUUAGAGCUGCCUGGCAAUCCUACUCCAUUUUCGUGUUCAGUUCACCCUCCCAUAAUCUCCUGUCUUCAAAAUUACCAUCCUUUCCCCCUUCUCAUCUUAGUUAUCAUUGCAGUACAUGUGAAUAGUGUCCUCCUCCAAAAAUCAAGGACGUGUCUUCACUUCACUCAUGCUCUCACUCCUCCUUUCCCCUUGAGAACAAGGGUUUCUUGGAAGGGAUUUUAUCUUUCCCUGUCUCUGCUUCCUCCCCUCCUGAUCAUUCUUCAACCCACUGUAUUAAGGCACUCAUCCAUACCUACCACUGUAUUGGCUCUUUUUUUAAAAAAAAAAAAGUAUUUUUUAGUUGUCGAUGGACCUUUAUUUUAUUUUAUUUUAUUUCUAUUUGGUAUUGAGAAUGAACCCAGUGCCUCACACCUUCUAGGCAAGCGCUCUACCAUUGAGCCCCAGCCCCAGCCCACAUGGUAUUGGCUCUUGUCAAAAUCACCAAUGACAUUUCUCAUCCUAAAUCCACUAUCAUUCUCAGUCCUCAAUUCUGAAACUCUUCAGUAACAGUCAAUGUAAUUGGUCCCUCCUGCUUUUCUCAAACUAUCUUCACCCAGCUUCAGGGGUAUUCUCCUGAUUUUACUUCCACUUUAUGUACCCCCUUCUCUUGCUCCUAAACCUCUAAAUCUAGGCUUGGAAUUCAACUGCUUUCUUGUUCCCAGUUAUGUUUACACCUAGAGUGGUGGAUCUGCAAAUAUUUUAAUCAGAUUUUCAUCACUGUGCCCAAAAGACAUGACAAGAAAAUUGUAAAGGAGGAAAAGUUUAUUUUGGCUCACAGUUUCAAAGGUUCAAUUCACUGUUGUCCAACUCCAUAGUUCUAGACCCAAGAUGAGGCAGAACAUCAUGGUGGAAGGGUGUGGAGGAGGAAAUUGGCUCACAACAUGAUAUCCAAGAAGGAUGGGGGGGAGAGGGGGGGGAGAGAGAGGCGCAAUACUGUUCUCAUCUGCUCACCAGGGACAAAAUUCAAACCCCAAAGGCAUGCUCCUAGUGACCUACCUCCUGUAGCACACCCUACCUUCCCACAGUUAUCACCCAGUUAAUCUAUUCAAGUAGAUUAAUCCAUUGAUUGGGUCACAUCUCCCAAUAAUUUCGUCUUUUAACAUUCUUUCCUUGUCUCUUACACAGCUUUUGGGAGACACCUCAUAUCUAAACCAUAACACACUAGUAUGGGACCUGGAGCAUCAACAUCACCUGGGAGCUUUAUGGGAAAACAUAUUCUUGGACCCUGACCCAGACGUGCUAAAUCAGAAACCCCUGGGUGAAUCCCAGCAGCCUGACUUUUAACUAGCCCUUCUGGUGAUUCUGGUGCACCCUUGAGUAUAAGAAUCACUGCCUUAGGCCAUCUCAAGUCAAUCCUAUAACUUUAUAUACCAUCUGUUCCAGAUGAAAUUGCACUUGGUGCCAGCAACAGCAAACCCAAAAGGAAAGUUUCCUUGACUACCCUGCCUAAAGUAAGCCUGCAACCUCUUCAGUAUCUUAUCACAUCAUCCUGUUCUGUUCUUGUCAUUUAUUACCAUUUAAUACAGAGUAAAUAUUAAUUCUCUUACUUUUUAUGAUCCAUUCUGUGUCAGAGCAAAGAUCUUUACACCUAGAUCUCCAUAAUGGGCACAUGAUGCUCAGUCCAAAAGUGCUACCUGAUGGAAUGCACAAGUUAAUUAUGUGCACAGAACUUGUAUAUUCAUUGUCUUAGUAUGUCCCAACCCUCCCUUGACUGAAAGUGGAUGAAUCAGAAAGCUGGGCUUUUCAUCACAUAAACUUUUUUCAUAUUUAUCUAAUUCACAGUGACUCCACAUGGAGGGCACAUCCUGUAUGCCAAUCACAUGCUCUAAAUGUCUCCUGGGCAAGGUGGUGUCAUAGUUGUCCUCUGCUAGGUGUCUCUACCCUCUUACAAACCUACCCACUUCUGUUUCUCUGUACCACAGUACUGGAGGGUUAGAGGGUGUAUCCUGAGAGGCCCUGCUUACUAGAAACUAUGUGGCUCCACCGCUCCUUGUCUAGCUCUAUCUCAGCCCUUCAGUCUGAAAAGAUAACAUUAAACAUAUUCAUGUUUUCCUCUUCUUUAUAUGGAUAUUAUACUCUCCCACCUCAUAAGUUGGCUCUAAGGACUAAUAAAGACAAUGCUUGUAAA